AUGGGGGACGACGUGGCGCGCCCACAGCGCUUGCGGAUGGCCAAGUCGCUGCGCAUGUCGGUGGACCUCACGGGGCUCUCGGGCCAUGCGCGGGCAGCGAUGAUCCGGCAAGAGCUGAUGCGCGCCAAGGAGACGCACCCGAUGCGCAUUGAGGCCAAGCUCAUGGUGCGCAACUUCCGGCGCAGCGAGAAGCCGUCGAUGCAGCGCAAGCAUCAUGCGUGCGUGCUCUCGCAGCGCGACCGGAUCCAGGACAUCCUCGACCGCGUCCAGAUCAAGCUCGACUCGGACACGCUCCCAUUCCACUUUGGCGAGGAAGACCGAGAAUACGUUUUGCAGUGGAUCGAGGACAUUGAGUUCAUCUUGCACUACUUUCGUCCGCAAGCCGACCCGCGCAACGACCCGCUUGGACGCAUGGUGGACAAGCUUUACUGGCUCCACCAGUCGUACGCGUGCUUUGCUGCCAUCGGCCACGACGCCAAGGCCAUCAUUGACGACUGGGACAGUCUCGGUAUGUUUGAGAACGACGCCUUCAGCGAUGACAGUGACGACGACGAGACGAUGCAGUCCUACGCGACGCUUUGUUGCGAUGCGAUCGAGCUCGAUGCAGCCGCGGAGACUCACCGCAAGCGACGUGUUGUGCGGCGCCGAGCCGCCGCACGCGUCAUUCGGCGGAACAUUCUCCACUGGCUCACGACCAAGCACCACGUCGUGAGUCGCAUGGAAGAGUUUCGACACUUUGGCAACAGCUUCUACAAGCACAUUGACAACCGCCGAAGCCUUCUCCAGAUGCGAGGUCGGACGCGGCCCCGAGCACCGCAGCGCCACCAAGGCAUGCGGCUGGAUGGGCUCCAGCGACUGUGUCGCCAUGUUGCUACGUUCAAGGUCGACGAUGCCAUUCGACACGUUGAAAUCGCGAUCCGCAAGCGCCGGCUCUUUGAAGCGCGUUGCGCGGUCCGCAUCCAGAACAAGUGGCGCUCGUACAAACUCGGACAAAGCCGCAUUAUGCGCCUCAUUCGGCAGCUACAAGUCGCCCAAGCGCUCGAGAAGCGACCGUCGCGACCCGCGCUGCCGUCUAAGCCGACACCGCCGCCCAAGUCGCGCGACGAACCUUCAACUAGCAGUGCAAGUUCCAUUGAGUCAGCCGGUCGGACAUUGCUCGUCAACGAAACGGCGUCAAGCACGAGCAGUGACACGAGUGCGCUCGCACGGGGCCGAAGCACGGGACCAAAAAAACACAAGACGCGGCUGCGCUCGAUUGUCGACAAAAUGCACGCGCCAAGCACCGAGCCGGCUGGCCGGGCCAAGAACGGCGGCGCCAACGAAAAAAGCCGCACGCGUCGCUCGUCAAUCACGCCGACGCCGACUCAGCGAGUGUCGACGCGAUUGCAAGGCUCGCUCAUCAACGCACCGACUGAGGUGCGUCGUGGCAUGGGCGUCGUGCGCGAAGAACCGAUUGAAGACGAGAGCGGCAACGAGGAGAAGGUGGCCGAUGCGCGACAAAAGCCCGCGCGAAGGAUGUCCGUCACCGCUCGCCUCGUGCAAGCAGCUUCCAAGCAAGUGCAAGGUCCUCUGUCGCGUCGAAAAUCGCGAAGCUCGAAGCAAGACCCAUGGGAAUGUGCCGAAGGAGACUUGGAGGCUCGGUCAGCGUUAGAUUCCGAGGAAGACGAAGGUAUCACGGCGUGGUCGUCCGAAACCACCAACGUAGCGAUGCCGAAGCAGGCUGAGAACCGUCCAGUUGGCGACCAGAGACCCCCCAAAGUUGGGAACGCAAGGACCCUACCGAGUCAGUCAACACCGAGCCAGCCGCCACUAACAGCAACUCGUGGAGGAGCAGCUCGACAAGAGAUCCAAACAGAGACUCAACGAGCGAUAGAAGAAGCCGCAGAAGCACGUUCGCAAUCUGCAAGCGAAGAUACACUGCCGACCACAACGUCUCCCAAGGGGGACAUUCGUCGACAAGGAACAAGUGCAGGACGGCCGCCUGUGCCAUCGUUCCGGCCAUUGUAUACAGCUGGUGGCGGUAGCUUGCGUCUCCCGAAUGCAACAUGCGCGCCGCCAGUCGCGAAAAAGUGGUCCCCGUUUGGUGAUCCCGUCGUGGUCGCGGUUGCCGAAGAGCCUCUGAAGCCGAUGUACGAGCUACUGCGAGGCGUCGACGAUGCUGCAGGAGAUCAAGAGCUACAGUACCGGUAUGACGGUGUAGCCACAGCUUCCAAUGCCCCAGAAAUGGCAACGGACUCGCAUGAGCCUCUUGACGUGCCUACUUUAAAGCUCCAACGCGAUGAUGGGCUCUCCGACCAUCAAGCGAAUUGGCAGCUCCAACGCGAUGGCGCCUCUAACCAAGCCACGAACGACGCCAGUCUGAGCGAGAUGGAAUAUAUGCCGAUCGAUGACAAGGCCAGGCAAAUGCAAAGCUCCGAGGUUGAGCUACAACGCGCACAAGCCCUCUUUGUGAGCGAUGAAAGUGCUGAUCCGAGUCAUCGCGCCGCCAAGAUAUCACUGCUGAAAGCCGUUGAUAGCAGCGAGGAAGGGCGGCCCGACGACGUCGAUGGCAACCGAAAUCUUCAAGCAACAGCAGCGAACGACACCAGUAAUAUGCUACGAAAGGGCGUAAUGCCGAGCAUUCGCGCAGUGACCGAAGUGCGCCGGCUUGUGUUUUCCGCCGCGUCCCCGCCCGAGAGCGUCGUGCUGCCAAAGUGGACCAACUCGGUCGGCGGCAAGUCGUGGCGGUCAGCGACGCCAAGAAGAUCCAAACCGCCGACGGAGCGAAGGUGCUUUCUACCACCAUCGACGCCGCCUCGCUACGACGAUGCCCAAGCCACGAGCUACACGCCCAGCGCAAUCCGAGCGCCCAUCGGUGACAUUGGCGCAAGCGAUCGAGCGCCGGCCUCCUCCAGCGACCCAAGUCCCUUGGAGCCAUGCGUGGCGCCAGCAUCACCCAACGACGCAUCGUCAACACCAGUACUGUCCGAGGGCGCAUCCGUUCUGCCCAGCAUCUUCAAGCAGCAGUUCCACGACCGUGGCACCCCCAGGAACGCACCCAAGAGUCGCCUCCGCCGGCGACUCCAGUCCACCGACUUGAGCCAUGGGGUUGUUGAUGGUAGUACAAGUACCGUGGCACCGUUCACCUUCUCAGCACCGGCGCGCAGCGACAUCACCAGCAUACUCUACCCCGCCGAAGAGCAACGGCGGCGAGGCACGGCGAUCGACAGCGUCGCUGCAUUGGUGCACCGCGCCGCCGUUGCGCCCGGGCCAAGUCCCGUGGGACUUUCAGCAGAAAUUAGUCGCACCCACCACACAGGGCUCGCACCGGAGACACCCCGAGUGGCGCCAUCCGGCGUUCCAUUCCUCCCAAGCCCACUGAGACACGAGUCGGUGCCGCUGGCUGGUCCAGCAGCGGAGGACGCGCGAGCGCGAGGAGUGGCCGCCCACGGCUUGUCGGCGCGCAAGGUGAGAAGUGACGCCUUUGCGUCGACGCUGGCGUCGUACUUGGGUCUGCUCUAUGGCGCCCCAUCCAAGCGUUGA